GUGCGCAGCCCACUUCCUCUUCCUGUGUGGACCUGUCUCCUGGUGCCCGUGUCAAGUUUUGUCACUUUGAAGCCGUUACCCACUGGACAAAGCAACCUGCCUCUGAUUGGCUACUUUUCAAGAAAUUCAGCAGGACAAAAAUGGCUUCCCCCAGCCCUCUAUCCAAGGCCAACACCACCUUCUGUCUGGAUUUGCUCAGGAAGCUGAAUGAGGACAACACUGCAAAUAUCUUCUUCUCUCCUUUCAGAAUCUCUGCAGCUCUUUCCAUGGUAAUGAUGGGAGCCAGAGGCAAUACAGCCUCUCAGAUAACAACGUGCUUGAAAAUCCAGUCUUGUCAGGAUGAUGUCCACACUCUGUUUGCCAAACUGCUCAAUAAGCUCGACCAGCCAGAAGCUCCAUUUGCUCUCAGUGUUGCCAACAGACUGUAUGGAGAGCAGUCCUAUGGCUUUCUGCAGGAGUUUUUAACCAAAACAAGGGCUUAUUAUAACUCGGAGCUGAAGUCUGUGGACUUCAGAACCAGCUGUGAGGAAGCCAGAGUCAAGAUCAACAGCUGGGUAGAGGAGCAGACACAAGAUAAAAUCAAGGGUAUGGUGUCUGACGGCGCAUUGGACAACAUGACCAAGAUGGUCCUGGUGAAUGCCAUCUACUUCAAAGGCACUUGGAAUGAUCCAUUUAACAAAUUAGAAACUUAUGAAGAUCAGUUCAGACUCAACAAGAAUAAAAAGAAAACUGUACAGAUGAUGCAAAAAGAAGCAUUAUUUUCAAUUGCCUUCAUUCCUGAAGCCAACUGUCAGAUCCUGGAGAUGCCUUACAAAGGGAAGGAGCUGAGCAUGCUGAUCUUUUUACCUAAACAGAUAGAAGACAAAACGACAGGUCUGGAGAAGGAAACGCCCACUGCAGAGAGCAGAGGACCCCCUCUGAUAGCUGCUACUGUAAAACAUUCAGCGUCUUUUAUUUCCCAUGUGUUUCAGCUUCUGGCAGACAGGAUGAGCUCACUUUUCUGUGCUCCCUUCCGAAGGAAUCCGGGAAGAAACUCCUACGUGGAAAAAGGGAACGAAUAUCAUGAAGGAAAAGGCAAAAAUGCUUCCACCAGCCCUCUAUCCAAGGCCAACACCACCUUCUCUUUGGCUCUGCUCAGGAAGCUGAGUGAGGACAACAGCACUGCAAAUAUCUUCUUCUCUCCUUUCAGCAUCUCUGCAGCUCUGGCUAUGUUGAUGAUGGGAGCCAGAGGCAACACAGCCUCUCAGAUAUCAGAGUGUUUGGAAAUCCAGGAUUGUCAGAAUGAUGUACACAAUCUGUUUUCCAAGCUGCUGGGAAAGCUCAACCAGCCAGGAGCUCCAUUUGAUCUCAGUGUUGCCAACAGAUUGUAUGGAGAUCAGUCCUACAGCUUUCUGCAGGAGUUUUUAACCGAAACCAGGUCUUACUAUAACUCAGAGAUGGAGUCUGUAGAUUUCAGAACCAGCUUUGAGGAAGCCAGGGUCAAGAUCAACAGCUGGGUAGAGGAGCAGACAAAAGGUAAAAUCAAGGAUGUGGUUCCUCAAAACAUUGUGGACAACAACGCCAGGAUUAUCCUGGUAAAUGCUUUAUACUUCAAAGGUUACUGGCAUAAGCAAUUUCUCAGAGACGACACUUCUACCAGAGAGUUUAGACUGAACAAGAGAACAACGAAACCCGUGGAAAUGAUGACACAGGAAUCCAAAUUCCAUUUUAACUUCAUUUCUGAAGUCAGCUGUAAGAUCCUGGAGAUGCCUUACAGAGGGGAGGAGAUGAGCAUGAUCAUACUUUUACCUAAAGAUAUAACAGACAAUACAACAGGUCUGGAGCAGCUGGAGGAACAUCUGACUUAUGAGAAACUCAACAAGUGGACUCAUCCAAGCAAGAUGAGACGCCGCAAGAUCAGAGUAUGGCUGCCUCGAUUCAAGGUGGAGGAGAAUUAUGAUCUGGACAAAGUCCUCAGCCGCAUGGGCAUGGUGGAUGCUUUUGAUGAGACAAAAUGUGACUUCUCUGGGAUGUCUGGUAACAAGGAGCUCUUUCUGUCCAAAGUGUCCCACAAGGCUUUUGUGGAGGUCAACGAGGAGGGAACUGAGGCUGCUGCUGCUUCCAAUGCAGAAGGAAUAUACUAUGGUUUUUCAGAUUCAGCAUCUUUCUAUGCUGACCACCCUUUCCUCUUCUUCAUCCGCCAUAACCCCACUCUGAGCAUCCUCUUCGCCGGACGCUUCUGCUCCCCUGAAUGAGAUUUGUGCCUGCUUCAUAUAAAGUUGCAUCCAA